GUGUAAAAUGGCGCACAGCUGUCGGUGGCGGUUCCCUGCUCGGCCCGGAGGGAGCACCAACUCGGGCACCGGGAAGAGAGCGGGCCGAAUCCGGGUCACCGCGUCCCUCCGAAAUGAUACUGGGGCUCAAACAAGUACAUUUGGGCCAAGGCCCGGUUUCGAUGCGGCGGCGCAAGUCUCCGCUGCAAUCGAGAGGAACCUGCAGAAAUUUCGGGAUGUUUUGGGGGAGUCAAGCGGCUCCAGCAGUGGGGAGGAAGAUGCCUUUCUUGGCUUCGGCACAGUCAGUGAAAGCAGAAGAAUACAGAGUCCUACAAGAACGUUAUCAGUCACGUCGUCAGCUCCCGCGACUCCAGAGAAGAAGCCGCGAGGGCGGCCGCCCAGGUCUGCCCAGAACGCACAGGGGAGGUUGGGCUCCGCUCCUACGCCAUCCUCCUCUUCUCCAUCGCCCUCCUCCGCACCUUCUUCAUCCUCUUCAUCCGCCCCCACGCCCCUUCACAGAGAUGCCAGCGCCUCCUCAGAGAAGGCCAAGCGGCCGCCAGGCCGACCUCCCGGCUCCGGGGCGACAGCGACGGGCGAGAAGAGGGGCAGGGGCAGACCGCCCGCCUCGGCCAACCACAGGAACAGCUGGCCACAGAGCGCUCAAGACGAUUCGUCAGCCAGGCUAGUGGGCGGAGUUGGCGAGAACGAGUCCACGCUAGGCCAACACAAGCACACGUCAGCAGCGUCGGAGGAUGAGCGAGAGGGGAAAGUGUGCAAGGUGCCCAAGCUGAAGAGGCUGCAGGACGUGAAGAUGAACCCGCUGAAGUCGCGUAUGAAGGCGGCCGUGGUGCGUAAGGGUCUGCCGGUGCCGGUGGUGCCCAGACGGAGACGAGGGCGGCCUCCCUCUGCAGAGAGACUCAAAGCCGAGGCUGCUGCUGCUGCUGCUGCCGCCGCCGCCGCUGCCUCUAACACGUCUCGCUCGGCCUCCAUGGCCAAACAGAACCAGAGAGGCAGAGAGGCGAUGGAUCCCACCACCACGGAGCCCCACAGCCCCCCGGCCUCGGCCAAGCUGGCCAGGCCCCUGGGUCUCCGCCAGAGCCCGCGCCACAUCAAGCCCGUGCGCAUCGUGCCGCCGUCCAAGCGCACCGACGCCACCAUCGCCAAGCAGCUGCUGCAGCGCGCCAAGAAGGGCGCCCAGAAGAAGAAGCUGCUAGAGGGGAAGGAGGGCAGCGGCGGCGGGCACGCGGGGCAGCCGGGCAUGGGAGGCAUGGUGGCGGCGGGGGGUAUGGACACGGGCGCGGGGGCAGGGGGCAUCAUCAGGCGCCGGCGUCGCACGCCGCUAAAGAACAUUCGGCAGUUCAUCAUGCCGGUGGUGAGCACGGUGUCGCGGCGCAUCAUCAAGACGCCUAAACGCUUCAUCGAGGACGAGAGCAGCUUCAGUGCCCCGCCCCCGCCCCUCAAGAUGACGCGGCUCGAGAUGGUCGCUACCAACCCCCCAGCUCCUCCUCCCGCUCCGGCUCCAGUGGCUGUUGCCCCGGUGACUGCUGCAGUGUCCCAAACAAACGCCCAAGCUUCCGGUAGCGUGGCGUCGGCAGUGGCAUCGCCUAACACGGUCUCGGCGGCGGCCAACACGUCAUCCCCGUCCUCCACCGCUUCAGUAUCGGUCACCCCAAACUCCAGCGCACCCAUCGCGGACAACAUCCUCCCACCCCCUCCUUCCUCGGCACCUGUCGUCCCCAUCGCUGGUGGCGUUGGUGGUGGUGGCACUGGCACUGGUGGCAACAUUGCCACCAACAGCCUCCUGAACAAUGCGGUGUCGUCGCUGGCGGCGGUGGCAGCUAACAACAGCAGCGCUAGCAACGGCACUCCAGGAGGUGUUGCCGGUCGCUUUGUCGGCGUCAGCGCACCCUCGUGCGGCUCAGUGUCACAACACUCCUCACAGCUCUCCUCAGCGGAGUCAUCGCGAUCCAGCAGCCCCAGCCUGGAUGACUCCUCCUGCGACUCUCAGGCGUCCGAGGGUACCCAAGCACUCUCCGAAGAGCAUGACCAGUCUCCUGACCAGUCGCCCGACCAAUCACCUUCCUCGCAGGGCGAACGAGAAGAGGAAGAGGAGGAGGAAGAAGAAGAAGAGGAGGAGGAGGAGGAAGAGGAAGAAGAGGUGGACGAUGUGGCUCCGCCCUCAGAACACGAGCACGAACACACACACCCUCGCGCUCACACACACGUGGGGUUGCUGGAGCGGGGCAGGAGAGGGAGGAGAGGUGGUCAGGGGGUCGGGAGGACGGCAGCCGGCCUGGUGAACAGAGGCAGGAGCGGGCUACUGGGCCCCAGGAAGAAGACCAUCAUAAGCCCAGCCACUGGCAUCCUCAUGUCUUCAUCGCAGGUCAGUGCGGCGCACCAGGCUGCAUCCUCCGCAUCGGUCCCUUCCGGCUCCUCUCCACCUCCCUCGGGACAGCACCCGCAGUCGGGUGGCUCCUCGGACUCCCACCACCCCCACGCCCCGCCCUGGAUCAUGCCCCCGCGCGGCAUCCCCCAGUUCCUCCAGGGACCCCCACCGCCACCCCCGCCCUCCGGGCUUCACCCCGGGUCAUCUUCGGCGGCCCACGACAAACACCGGCGCUCCAUCCUGCGAGAGCCCACCUUCCGCUGGUCCUCGGUGCCCUCGCUGCACAAGCCCGAGUGCUUCUCCUCGGCCAAGUACGCCAAGGAGGGCCUCAUCCGCAAGCCCAUCUUCGACAACUUUCGGCCGCCGCCCCUGACGGCAGCGGACGUGGGCCUGGCGAGAGGGCGCGUAUCUGGGAGGGAUGGUGGCGGCGGUGGUGGUGGUGGUGGUAGUGGUGGUGGUGGUGGUGGUGGAGGAGGAGGAGCACCUCCAUCUGGGUUCACUGGUUCUGCUUCUUCCAGUGGGGGUGGUGGAGGCGGUUCUGGUGGAGGUUCUUCCGGCUCGAGCGGUCGGCUGUUCUCUCCGCUGCACCAUCACCACCACCACUCUUCCUCCUCCGCCACCUCCUCGUCCUCCUCUGCCGCGGUGGCUGCGUCUCGUUUCGAGGGCUCGUCCUUCCAGAAGAGGAGUCCGCUGCUCCGCGCCCCGCGCUUCACCCCCAGCGAAGCCCACUCGCGCAUCUUUGAGUCGGUUACCCUGCCCACGUCGGCAGGCAGCAGCCCCGGUUCCCUCUCCCCGCUGCAGGGCUCCUCGCCCACGGGCAGGAGUAUGCGUCAGCGCAAGACCAAGCGGACGUUCUCAGCAGGAGGGGGUGGAGGGGCUCCUUCGGUUCCGGCUGGAGGAGGAGGAGGAGGGCGGCCGCACUCCAUGACCCGCAGGAGCAGGGUGCCAGCCGCUUCCGUGUCCUCAUCGUCAUCGUCGGGGAACAACUCGGCGCCCCUGUCGCUCGCUCCAAGUGCCUUAACCCCACCCUCUUUCGGCACUUUGUCCCCUGGCACCACAGCGCUGGCGGACGGACGCAAGGCCAACUCCACCUCCGCCACUGCGCUGGGCAACUCUGGAGCGUCGGCAGGAGCUCCCUCCUCGUCCUCCUCGUCCUCCUCCCCGUCGCAUCUCUUCCCCCUCUUCAGCUCUGGCCCUCACGGCUUGGGCACAGGCGGGGGCGGGGGAGGGGGCAAGGCGUCGGGUCGAGAGAGGAACCUGUCCGCCGAGCGCGAGUCGGAGAGGAGCCGAGCGGGAGGCGAGCGGGAGAAGGAGAACAAGAGGGAGGGCAGGAAGGAGAGGGAGGCGCGCAAGGAGGCCAGGGCCAAAGAGGCCUCGUCUCAGGCCCACGCACACCCAGCGCUCCCCGGCCUGUUUGGCAGCAGCGCGGACGCCAAGGACUCGACCACCAGCCAAGCGGCCACGCUGGCCCACCGCAAAACUCCCGGCAGGAAGAAAUCCGUCUCCGCUACCGACGCCGAGGCUUCGCCGGCGGAUGGGAACGUCGGGAAUGCCGCCGCCCUCUCGUCCAACGGACGGCCUUCCAAGAAGGACCGACCGCCCGACUGGGACCCGGACGCCGGGGAGAGGGAGGAGCGGGAGAGGUCCGGUACGGUACCGGUGUCGGUUCUGGGGAGGACGUCCAGCACGGCCCCCACGGUGGGCUCUGUUGUUCUGGCCCUCGUGGAGAAGCAGCCAGUGGGGGAUAAGCACCUGGACGGCCUGCUGAAGAAGGCCAAGGCCCAACUGGAUAACAUCAAGUCACUCAAGCCCUUAGAGCAGCCCAAAGUGCAGAGUCAGGAGAGCGACUCCUCGGAGACGUCUGUGCGUGGCCCGCGCAUCAAGCAUGUGUGCCGGCGUGCCGCGGUGGCUCUGGGACGGAACCGGGCCGUGUUCCCAGACGACAUGCCCACCCUCAGUGCCUUGCCCUGGGAAGAGAGGGAGAAGAUCCUGUCUUCCAUGGGGAACGAUGACAAGUCAUCGGUGGCAGGCUCGGAGGAAGCCGAUCCGCAGAGCCCUCCCCUGAAGCCGGUGACGCGCCAGAAGCCGGCCCACGAGGCGGCAGCCCUGCCCAAGAAGGGUCGCAGGUCGCGACGGUGUGGGCAGUGUCCUGGCUGCCAGGUGCCCGAGGACUGCGGCAUAUGUACCAACUGCCUGGACAAGCCCAAGUUUGGCGGCCGCAACAUCAAGAAGCAGUGCUGCAAAGUGAGAAAGUGCCAGAACUUGCAAUGGAUGCCUUCAAAAAUGUUCAUACAGAAACAAGUGAAAGGUAAAAAGGACAAAAAGAAGAACCGAUUGACAGAAAAAAAGGAGUCACAUGACUCUGUGAGCACGGCGUCUUUAGAAGGGCGGCCGGCAGUGAAAGAGGGGCCCGUUUCCCAGAGGAGGAGUGACCUGCUCCCUUCUUCCAAACUCCAUGGAGACGACAAGCAGAAGCAGCAGCAGCAGCAGCAUUCUCACCAACAGGACGACGAUGAUGACGACGAGUCUUCAGUUACCGCGGAGAUGAGUCCUCUCCAUGAUGACCCCUCGUCGCCCCUCUCCACCCCUUCCACCCCGUCGCCCGAGGAACACAAGCUGCCCCCCACCACCACAGCACCCGCCAGCGCCCCCGCGAGAAAAGAACGAAAACUGCAGCAUCAGAGUGCCACACCGUCUCCUUCAUCCAGUCACAGAGACCCGUCGUCCUCGCCAGCCACCCCGCUGCAGUCCCCCGCCCAGACGCCCCCCCAGAGGUCCCCACAGAACCCCCCCAUGAAGAAGGAGGCGCUGGGAGCCACCAAGCCCCCCUCGGACGGCAAGAAGAGGACACCACUCCCCUCACAGCCGUCUACUCCAGACACAGGUCCCGACUUAAAACACUCGAAGAAGAUCGCCGCACGAUGUGCUCCGGCACCCAAACCUAAAACCAAGCAGGAGAAACAGCAGCAACAGCAUCAGCAGCAACAGCAGCCAUUAACCACCAAACCCGACGCCGGUACUUUAAACUCCCUGAGCACUCCCUCGACUGGGGUCCCGACCAAUCAGCAGCCAGAACAACAGGAACAGCAGCAGCAGCAGGAGAUAGCGCCCUGCGACGGAGUGCAACGUAUCAGAGUGGAUUUGAAGGAGAGCCAUCGUAGCGUGGAGAGCGUGUGGGAGAUGGGGGGGCUGAGCGUGCUGACGUCGGCCCCCGUCACGCCGAGACUGCUCCUCUGCUUCCUCUGCGCCAGCAGCGGGAACGUGGAGUUUGUCUUCUGCCAGGUGUGUUGUGAGCCGUUCCACCUGUUCUGUUUGGGGGAGGCGGAGCGCCCUCUUCAGGAGCAGCUGGAGAACUGGUGCUGCCGGAGGUGCCGCCACUGCCACGUCUGCGGACACACACACCCAAACACCAAACAGCUGCUAGAGUGUGACAAAUGCCGCAACAGUUAUCACCCCGAAUGCCUGGCCCCCAAUCACCCCAGGAGGAGGAAGAGGAGGGUCUGGAUUUGCACUAAGUGUGUCCGCUGCCAGAGCUGCGGGGCCACCAAGCCAGGGAAGGCCUUGGACGCCCGGUGGUCACAUGACUUCUCCCUGUGUCACGACUGUGCCAAACUGCUCGCUAAAGGGAAUUCCUGCCCCGUGUGUGACAAGGCUUACGAGGAGGAGGAGGAGGACGCUGAGGUCCAGAUGAUGAAGUGCACACGCUGUAGCCGCUGGGUGCAUGCCAAAUGCGAGAGCCUCACAGAUGAGAUGUAUGAGAUGCUGUGUGGCCUACCGGUGGCGUACGCCUGCUCAAAGUGCACGUGCUCCGACAAGCAGCCAGCCGAGUGGCGCGCGGCCCUGAAGAACGCCCUCCAGAGCUCCGUACAUCAGGUCCUCACCACCCUGCUCAACUCACGCACCGCCACCCACCUGCACCGCUACAGACAGCCGGUGACAAAGCCCCCGGAACUGAACCCGGAGAUGGAGGAGAGCCUGCCUUCCCGUCGCUCCCCUGAGGGCCCCGACCCUCCAGUCCUGACCGAGGUGCCCCCCCACGCAGACUCACCCGCAGACCUGGAGGCCAUCAAGAAGAAGAUGGAUCUGGGCCGCUACAGAUCAGUGCUGGAGUUCAGCGAUGAUGUGGUGAAGAUCAUCCAGUCGGCGCUGAAUGCAGACAAAGGGAAGCCAGAGAUCAGGAAAGCCAACAGCAUGGCCAAGGCCUUGUUCAUACGGCAAAUGGAGCGUGUGUUCCCCUGGUUCAAGGUGAAGGAGUCCCGGUUCUGGGAGACACAGAAAGGCUCCAACAGUGGGUUUCUUCCCAAUGCAGUGCUUCCCCCCUUCCUGGAUCACAACUAUGCCCAGUGGCAGGACCGCAUGGAGCAGAGCAGCGCGGGGCACCCGCCCCUGGUCAAGAUCAUCCCUGCCCCAGCCCCCACCACCACCCAAACCCACAAGCCCCCAGGGGAGCCGGACUCCCCUGCCACCCCUCCCUCACAGCCCCCCACUGUCACCCACGAACUUGUUCCUGUGGACAGUCCUGAAUCCAGUCCCCCUCCUGGUGAGAAGGACAGCCGGCUGUGUGUGCUCUGUCUGAAGUAUGGAGACGAAAAGACCAACGAGGGUGGCCGGCUCCUGUACAUCGGCCAGAAUGAGUGGACACAUGUGAACUGUGCCCUGUGGUCAGCGGAGGUGUUUGAGGAUGAGGAGGGCUCGCUGAAGAACGUGCACAUGGCAGUCAUACGAGGAAAACAGCUGCGGUGUGAGAGCUGCCAGAGACCCGGGGCCACCGUGGGCUGCUGCCUGUCGAGCUGCAACAGCCACUUCCACUUCAUGUGCGCACGGCAACGCCGCUGCGUAUUUCUGGAGGACAGGAAGGUCUACUGCCACAGGCACAAGGACCUCAUCAAGGGCGAGGUGAUAUCCGACUCUGGGUUUGAGGUGACGCGCAGAAUCCUGGUGGACUUUGAGGGCGUUGGCCUGCGGCGGAAAUUCAUUAACGGGCUGCCCCCCAACAACGUGCACAUCAUGAUAGGUUCAAUGACCAUAGAUUGUCUGGGAAUGCUGAAUGACCUGUCGGAUUGUGAGAGGAAUCUCUUCCCUGUUGGAUACCAAUGCUCAAGAGUUUACUGGAGUACCAGUGAUGCUCGUAAGCAGUGUGUUUACACGUGCAGGAUUCUUGUCUGCCGCCCUCCAGUGGCAGAACAGCUCAUUGACAGCAAAGCUCCUUGUGAGGAGAACUUCACCAUUGCCCACAGUCCCCCCAUAUUCCCAGACAUGGAGACAGAAUCCCAUCAGAAUUCAGCAAAGCACUCCUCUGGCAAACCCAGCACGACCGCAGCUUCCAGACCAAAGAUGCUCUUCCGUAACAGGCACCCCAGCUACCCGCCGUGCCAGAGGUCUCCCGUCUCCAGGCCACUUCCAUCUCCAGGAGUCCUCAUGAGCUCAGCACACGAGAUAGUGACGGUGGGUGACCCUCUGCUGAGGUCCAGCCUGGGCAGGAUUGUAUCCCGACGACACAGCACUUCCUCCCUCUCGUCGCCCCAGUCGCCCAGAAACAGCACCCCUUCCGCUCCCUCUCCUGCGUCGCAGGGAAGCAGCAGCGGUGGCAGCAGUAACAUGCUCGCUCAGCAGCCACAGCAACAGCAGCAAAGCACAGUGUCUUUCAGCUCUUCCAUUUCUGCACCCUCAUCACUCUCUUCCCACGCGUCAUCCUGGGAACGGGACCGCGCUCCCGCACACUCCAGGGACAUGAGGGACAGGAGCAGGUCCUUUGGUUGCGCGAGAACUCAGCUCAACUGUCAAGGUAGUAAAGCGUCCAGCCCCAGUCCCCAGCAGCAGCAGCAGCAGCAGCAAAGACAGGGGUCGGUGGUUGCCGCUGAAACGUGUGACACAAAGCAGCUGCAGCCACAGCCUGAAAGUGAGGCAGCGCUGCAUUCGUCCACUCCGCCGACGGCAGGCAUGAAGCAGGUGUCUCCGCCCAUGGGCACGGCGGUCCUCACCGGCCACCAACGGACCAACAACAGCGGCGGCCCCAACAGUGAGAAAGGAAAAGCGGGAAUGAAGGACAGCGAUCUUCCGGCUGAGUCCACGCUCCUUUCCUGCCAGCACCAGGCUGCUCUCCCGAAAGACGGAGUAGGGGGAGGAGGAAACCCCGUUCCGGAAGGCACUCCGGUGGCCAAGGACACGGGGACGCCGGGGUCUCCAAAGCAGCCUCCGUUCCACAAGAGCGGGGGAGGGGGGAGGAAGUCCCACGACUACGUGCCGGGGCCCGCUCCAGCGGCUGCCAUGAAGCCCCGCAGGUCCUCCGGAGCUACGGUGGGGGAGGAGGACAUCAAGCGCGGCUCUCAGGCCACGCCGGCCGUCACGGCCACCUACCGGCCGUCCACUACCAAAGAGACGUGCUCCAAAAUGGGAUUCGGAAGCGGAAGCAUCGAGGCGACGAAGGAGAGGGAGAAAAGCUCUAAGAAGAUCAAGGGCCCCCUCUUACUUCACAAGAAGGAGAGCGACGGCGUCAAAACGCCGCUCAGUCAAGACCAAAACUUCCAAAAUAGUAACAGCAAAUCUGCAGUGCACAGCAGCAGCAAUGCCAAAGCGUCUGGGACUGGGAAUGCAGUUGACAAGCACGACAGUCAGGCAGGAGGAGGAAACAGAGCGCUGAAGUCCAGGGAGAGGUACAGCAGCUGCAGCACAGAGAACAAGAACAGCUCCAGCAGUCUGGAGGAGGCGCAGUCAGACACCGGCUCCGAGAGGAGCUUGAGGCCAGCGUCCCACAAUCAAACCAAAGGCACCAAGGAGCUGAUCAGCAAAAGGGAAAAGAAGCCCAUCGCAAAAGCCACGGUAAUGUCUCCCAAAACAGACCCCAAUGGGACCAAAGUGAUCAGCCCGAGUUCCGAUUUGAACCUGUCGUUGUCGCCGGUCACGCCGAUCAGCCACGGCCCUCACAGGAGAUCGUCCGCCUGCGCCGCUCUGUUCUCGUCCCCGUCCGCCAGCUCGGAGAGCUCCGAGUCGGAGAGCCACAUGCACCCCGAGGACAGCGAGGAGCAUCUGCGCGAGGGAGAGGGGACCGAGGACGGAGAAGACCAAUCCAUGGAGGAGGAUGGAAGCAUCGACAAGCACACUGAGGAGGAUAGCGACGGGUCCGGGUCAGCCAAGCGGCGGUACCCGCGUCGCAGCACGCGCGCCCGAGCCAACAUGAUCUUUGGCCUCACGCCUUUCUAUGGCGUGCGCUCCUACGGAGAGGAAGACCUCAACUUCUACGGCGGCGGCGAUGUGAUCGGGAAGAAGAGGUCCGGCAUGAGCAAGCGAUCCGCCGAGGGCCAAGUGGACGGCGCGGACGACAUGAGCACCUCGCUAUCGGAGGACAGCGGUGAUGACGACGAGGGCGGGCUGGGCCAGUGUCCCAACAAAGACUCGUACUACUACAACUUCACACGCACCAUCAUCAACCCUAGCGUACAGCUGCACCCCGCUAGAUUUCUGAUCCAAAACGAGGGGGAGGAGGAGGAGGAGGAGGAGGAGGGGAGGUCGGACCACAUGGAGGAACCUGGAGCCAUACCCAUAAGCCUCGGCCGCCCCCAGAUCGGGCAGCUGGACGGCGUGGACGAUGGAUCGGAGAGCGAUGCCAGCGUGAGCACCACCAGCACCACCACCACCACCACCGCCACCACGUCCACUACCCACAAGGCAUCUGGGAAACGGAAGAGCCGGGCAGAGAAAAUGGCCGCCAACUCCAGCAAAGAGUCUGAUGGUGGUGGUGGUGCUGCUGCUGGUGGUGGCGGAAGUGGAAAUGGCAGCAGUGGUGGUGGCGGGGGUAGUAGUGGAGGCAGAGAGACCCGCAAGAGCCAGAAGGAGUCUUGUCUCUCUCUGGGUGGCGUGAAGGCUCAGGGCCAAGACCCCCUGGAGGCGCAGCUGUCCCUAACGACAGACCUGCUCAAGUCCGACUCGGACAACAACUACAGUGACGACUGCGGCAACAUCCUGCCGUCGGACAUAAUGGACUUUGUGCUCAACACGCCGUCGAUGCAGGCCCUGGGUCAGCAGCCCGAGGCGUCGUCCCCAGAGCUUCUGCUCAGCGACGGCUACGGGGUGGACGUCAACCGGCGCAAAGACAUCCUGUUCGGCGACUUCCCCCAGCCCCUGCCUACAGCCGAGCCUGUGGAGAGUGGCGUCACCUCCACCAUCUCCGUCGAGGAGUCCUACAGCCUCCAGCUCGGGCUUCCGUCGGAUCUCUCCGUGCUGACAACGCGCAGCCCUUCCGUCAGCAACCAGAACCACAGCACCCUCGUCCCGGAGACCUCCGGCGAGAGCACCAUGCUGUCGUUGGCUACUGAUGAACCUGAGGAGAAAGCCGGAGACAAAGCGGAGGUCAGGACGAGUCCAGCGAGCGAGGAAGGUGGCGGCGGAGGGGGAGAUUCACAACAGGGAAAUGACGACCCGUUGACGCCCAAGCAUUUCAUAUCCAGCAUGGAGAGCGACGCCAUCUCCGGCCAGGUCAGUCAGGCGAUGGAGACGGACAACCAGGAUGUGGCCCGAUCCUCCGGCACACCAGGCUUGCCAAGCUCGCCAACCCUGUCCCUGCAAGGCCAGAAGUACAUCCCAGUUACGGCUGUGAGCCCUGGUCCCACUCCGGUCGCUAGCACUGCUGUCCAGACGCCUUCUGCACAUCUCAAACCCGCUGCUGCGCCCGAGAAACUGAUUGUGGUCAACCAGCGGAUGCAGCCGCUGUACGUUCUCCAGACGCUGCACAACGGGGUGACGCAGAAGCUCCAAAUAGCGCCCUCUGUGGGCGCCACGGGGGUAAUGACCACCAGUCCUUCCGUGCUGAGCCCCAUGACCAUCAACACCACUCAGCCCAUAUUCCCUGUGGGGGGCAAAGGCAUCCUCCCCAUGUCCCACCACCCUCAGAUCCACACCAUCACCACCACCAACACCACCCAGGCCAGCUUCCAGCCCGUCAUCCCCAACACCACUUCGGGCCUCCUCAUCGGCAUCCCAUCUCACGACCAGUCGCAGCAGAUUAUCGUGUCGGAGGCCGGGCACAGGACGGACCUGGCGACCACGGUGGCUAUGGUGACCAGCAGUGCGCCGUCCCUGUCACCGUCCCCGUCGUCCGUGCUGUCGUCUGGUCACGGCAAGAAGCGGGCGAUCACGCGGCUGCCGCGCAAGAACAAAAAGCUCCCGCGCUCGCGCACACAGCCUCCUCCGUUGGCACCGUCGGAAGUCACGCCAAACAUGACGCUCAUCAACCUGUCGGCGCCACAGAUCACGGCGGGCAUCUCCACGCAGUCUGGGCUGGUCGAACUAGGCACGCUCACGACAGCUGCAGCCACCACGUCCCACCGCAAGAUCCCCAACAUCAUCAAACGGCCGAAACCGGGCGUCAUGCUGGUGCCCCAGCCGGUGCCCAUCACAUCCAGCGGCCAGCCGGGUAUACUGGGCCAGGACACUGCCCACCUCUUGCCAUGCACGGUAUCCGGUCUCAACCCAAACCAGCAGGUGCUGAAUGUUGUCUCUGUAGCACCCAGCGGAGCCGGCAACAUCCUUGGCGCCAGUUCGGUGUCUCUCAGCACGCCAGGGCUGCUCAGCUCGGCGGAGAUUGCUGGCUCGUUCAGCAACCUGCUCUUCAAGGCUGCUCCCCACAACCUCACCAUCCCUGAGCAGCAGAUGGUCCUCCACCCUGGAGGCCCCAUGGUCUCGCAGCUCACCCACCCUGUACAGACCUCCAUCGCCAGCAGCAUCUGCGUUCUUCCACCACAGCAGACGCUCACCAUGUCCGUCAGCAAGCAAGUGGACCAAGAUGGCGGCUUGCACAGGCAGACGGUGGGCAGGGUCAUCACAGACAAACCACCACAUGCACUUGAUCAGAGCGGCACCGCCAUCGCAGGAUCUGUUGGCCAAGCCACAGGGUUGAUGGCCCAGGGCUCGUGGACGACCCCCAUCACGCUCCAGGCUAACCAGCAUCACGUGUUCAAGUCCACCACCAACCCCACCACAGGGGCACCAGCGUCUACGGCAAGCGGCAAGGGAAAGCAGAAGGCCAAAAGGGCUCGGCCGACUCCCGAGAAGGCCAGUGGGAAGAAGGCCAAGGGUUCGCUGGCAGAGUCUCCACUUCAGAACCAGUUGCCAUCAUCAUCACCAUCAGGGACUAAGCAGACAGUCAAUCCUGAGCCAAUGGACACAGGGAAACCGGUGGAAAAAGAUCCAAGCAAGAGUGACGCUCCCAUGACGACCAAAGCAUCCCUUAUCAACCAGGUGUCAAUAGAACUGUGUGAUGAGGACUCCAAAGCCACAUGUUCAUCCACUCCAACCAGGAGAAAGGGUUCUGGCACGGCACCUGUCGCCUCUCCAGAGCAGGAGGACGAGAAGGGGUGCAAGGAGGACUUCAUCGCAGAUUGCAAGCCCAAGAAAGGCCUCAUCUUUGAAAUCUCCAGCGACGAUGGCUUUCACAUCCGCUGCGAGAGCAUUGAAGAGGCCUGGAAGUCUCUGACGGACAAAGUCAAGGAGGCACGUUCAAACGCCAAACUUAAAGAGCUGUCAUUUGAGGGCGUGAGUGGUGUGCGUAUGCUGGGCGUGCUGCACCAUGCGGUGGUCUUUCUGCUGGAGCAGCUGUACGGGGCCCGGCAGUGCCGCAACUACCGCUUCCGCUUCCACCGGCCGCAGGAGCCCCAGGAGCCCCCCAUCAACCCACACGGCUCCGCACGCGUAGAGCUGCACCAGAGGAGGUCUGUGUUUGACAUCUUCAGCUUCCUGGCCUCUAGGCAUCGUCAGCCUCCAGAGUACCGGCCUCAGGACGAGGAGCAGGAGGAUGAGACACAGGCGAAGAGCAAGUCCGCACGCCGUGCCCUCAGCAUGGAGCUGCCCAUGCCUCUGAGGCUGCAGCACCUGCAGAAGACGUCCAGAGAGACAGUGGGCGUUUUCAGGUCAGUCAUUCACGGCCGAGGGCUGUUCUGCAAGAGAAAUAUAGAUGCGGGAGAGAUGAUCAUCGAGUACUCUGGCAACGUGGUCCGAUCUGUCCUCACUGACAAACGGGAGAAGUAUUACGACGAGAAGGGCAUUGGGUGUUAUAUGUUCCGUAUCGAUGAGUUCGAGGUGGUGGACGCCACCAUGCACGGCAAUGCGGCGCGCUUUAUCAACCACUCCUGCGAGCCCAACUGCUACUCGCGCCUCCUCCUCGUCGACGCCCACAAACACAUCGUCAUCUUCGCCCUGCGCAAGAUCCACCGCGGCGAGGAGCUUACCUACGACUACAAAUUCCCCAUCGAGGAGGCGGGGAAUAAGCUACCCUGCAACUGCGGAGCCAAAAAGUGCCGAAAGUUCCUGAACUAAAAGUUAAAAAGUUAGUUCCUGAACUGUUUAAAAAAGUCGUCUCUCUGCGGCGUUCCAGUGCACUUGUUUUUUGUUUUUUGGGGUUUUCUUUGUUGUUGUUGAAGGUGACGACGGCACGUUUUUUGUGAUGGUAGUCCAUCGCCACCCCUUUGCAGUUCUGCUCUUGUGGAGUAUUGUGUGUGUGGAGCUGCAGAGGCCUGGAAAGGUAGCAUGCGUUGAAAUAGGCUUCUGUGAUUGGCCAGAGCUGUUACAUGUGCUUGUGAUCUCCACGAGGAUGACAUUACUGUGCCUCUUAUGGUUUUUUGUUCAACUUUUUUUCGUUCAACAUUGACUCUUUUUGUUGUUGUUGCUCAGUGUCAUAAACGGAGAGCGAUUCACAUGAGGAAUUUCAGGCCUUCAGAAACAUUCUUUUUUUGUUUUGUUUUGUUUUGUUUUUGUUUUCUUUUAAAGUGAGGUUGAUCGUUUUCUUAAUGCUGGAAAAAAGGUAGUGCCCCAGACAUUUUUUGUAUAUGGCAUCCCCAUACAUUGGAAAUCUGUACAUCACCACUUUUACCUUAAUUUUUGUAGGAUAAUGGCCUGCAAGGUACUGUAUUGUUUGAUACCGCUCCACCCCAUCCACCCCUGCUUCCAGAAUGUGAUGGAUCUCUUCAAGCAAGAAAAGCCACGUCGGUAGAUCCAUUUUACACCAAAGUGCAAUUCUUUUGGGGGAGGGGUUUAAAAAUGAUGACAACAAACAAACAAAAAAGAUUAACAACCUAAAUCGACAAAAAAAGAUCAAUGAAAGCCCUUAUUGUUAGUAUGUGUUUUGGUUUCCAGGCAUGGCAUUCUUCAUUCUCCAUCACUGAAUGUAUACAGAAACCUUCAGAUGGCAGUAGUCAUUCUUAACAGAGGCGUGUAUGGCCUGUCUGUCCGUGUUAAAAAAGAGACACUGUAAAUACUCUUGGCCAUUGUCUGUCGCCUUGCUAGAGAUGGCUAUAGAGACUGCUUUCAUCAGCUGGUGACUUUAUUUAAGGAGACAAGACCAGAGGACGUUGAUUGCAGACAGAUUUCUACAGGCACUUCUGUGGGCGUUCCAUGUGAAUGUGUUGUUUCUAAAGAGUAACUUGGUCUGGAGUAGGGAGAGCAGACUGACAGCUGAUUGGCUAGGCUGAGAUCCUGACCGCUGAUUGGCUAGGCUGAGAUCCUGGUGGACUGGCAGCCAUGCAAUACGGAGGAGGAGGAAGUGUGUUUAGUUUAGUGUGACGGAGGAUGUUAGUGUUGGAUUAGUGUUGAUAUUGGGAGUUGUGAUCCAGGGAGAGCUGGUCUGUCAGAUGGCUAUUCAGAGUUGAUCGCUAUGAGGUCAAACUAUAGCAGAGCCAGCCUUUAUUCUUCAAAAAGCAAGAGUUAGAGAAAAGAAAAGUGUGUGCAUGUAACGGCACGAUGACUGGAUUCAAAAGGAAAAUCAUUGACUUGAGCCGCGCAAACACGAUGCAUUGAUGAUAUAUUUUUUUCCUGCUUGUUUUAGACCAAUACGAGAAAAUUCCUCCUGUUGCUGCUUUUAAUAAUUAACGUUGGCAAUUGAGUAUGAGAAAAAACGACGUCUGCUUUGCGUUGGAAGUUUUAUCUUUUUACGAUAUCAGGCGUUUUCUUUUAAUAUGUAAAUAAUAUGUAUAUUUUUAUAUACGAACGACUGAAAAGCACUCACUAGUGAAUAGCACCUAAUGACGGUAUUUAUAUUUUUAAUAAAACAUUGUAUUUAUUUUAACAACAUAUUUGUAGGAAAUAAGAGGUUUACAAACACUAAUGCUUGGUCUGAUAUUUGUAGAGCUGCCUUUUUUCCACUUCUUUUCUCUUUUCUCCUCUUUUUUCUUAUUUUUGUUUUUAAGGCUUCAGACUGAAGCAGUUGUAACCCCGAGCGCAGUCCACCAGUAGCUCUGUUUUGCCACUCUUUAAAGGUGCACCGUGUAACAUUUUAGCAGUUUCUUAGAAUUCAUGCUGUCCAUUCACAGAUUUUACCUUUUUCACAAAUAUUUCCAGAACUAUUUGAAUUUCCAGAAAUAGACAUUUUUAGCUGCAACACUUGCUGUACUUUGGUCAUAUUAGUAAAUAUUUGUUCAUUAUUUCAACGGGCAGCAUAAUUGCAAUACCUACUCUAGCCACCAUCCUACACAGUGCACCUUUAAGCAAGCAUCCUUUUGUAUUCGUAUUGGAGUGACCACUUGUAGCGCAGGUGAGAUGUUAAGGGUCGGGGAGGCAAUACAUGCUGAAGUAUUGUCUUCCUUUGCCAGCCCCCUUUCGCCAAUCCCCAUUCAGAGUAUUUGGUCUCGUAUCGACUAUUUUCCUAGGCAUUUGUGCAUAGUUUUAUCUUUGCUCUCUCUUCUCUCUCGCAAGUUGAAUCAUGCUCGAUCGUAUAUUUUUUAAAAGAAACCCAAGACAAUAUCUGAAAGAUUUCCAAAGGUUUGAAGAAGCUUAAUUGCCCCAGUGUUCUGUGUAUUUUUUUAUCACUGAGAAUUAUUUUCGUAAAAACUAAGUGUUUAAAAAAAAAAACCCUAGUCUGAGGAAUCGAGCCAAGUUCAAAUUCAGCAAGGUUUUCAUGAAGCCAUCCUCUUGUUCCAGAGGGGCAGAGGGCUUCACAACUCCCCAGACACCCCUGCAGCCAUGCCUCUCACACGCACUCUCACAAGUCAUUCUACUUUGGGAGUCGAUUAGAUCGUUGCUUUAUUUAUCCAGGUUUUCCAACACAUAGGGUAGAGUUUCAAGUGCACCAGAUGCAAGAUAUCCCAUUCGAAAAUGCUCUUUGUUGGUCCUCAUUUGGUAGGAGUAAGGUGCCUUAUCAGACGUUAAAAUAUUUAAGCUUAAGACGGCUUCACGAAUGAUCUGAGGCCUCAGGAGCAAAUGGUCCGCCGCCAUCACCACCACUUACAGCUGUACAUGGCAAACAUGGCUUUACGGCUCCGAGCGGCGUACCUUCUCAUUUUUACCAUGCAAACGGCCUUAACAUUGACAUUAGAGAGGAAGGUGGUGUGUGUUUUAGAGGGGAAGACGGUGUAUGUUUUAACAAGGCACCUGUUUGGCUGGAUUUUUGUCAUAUUUCUUCUAGAUCAGUGGUCCUUUAAUUGACGUCGCCACGUGUUGACCCUCUUAUUUCCUAAGGUUAAUUAAGUCAACAGGCCAAAAAAGUGUUUUCUUUCUGUUUUUCCUUUUUCUUUUCUUGUGGCUGUGAAGAGAGGACUUGGGUAGUAUUCCAAGAACAUGGUCAAGUGAUAAACCUGGUUAAGUCAACCUACAGGAAGUGGUAAACCUGCUAAUAGAUGGCCCACAGAUGCCAUUUAGCUCAGAAAAUGAGCACUCCUGGCUCUUCUAUUAGGUGAUUUACCACUACCUCAAGGUUAAUUUGAGCAGGAUUACGACUAGGCCAGGUUUCUUGGAAUGCUCCAUUGGUUCUAGAGCAAUUGAUGAUUGAAUUCAUGAUUGAUGAUUUCUAGAAGACUAUGGGUACUAUGCAUAUCUUUCUGAACAUAAAAAUCUUUAGAUUCCUGCUGUAUGCAACUCUGGCUUGAAUUACUUUUUUGAGAGACAGACCGCUUAGGCCAGUAUUUGUUAUUCAUACUCUGAAUGUUUAUUUUUGUUUGUUUGUUUACCUUUGGUUGGUUGUUUGCAUUAGUUCCGCUGCUGUCUUAACAGCAUGUAUACACAAGGCAGUCGUGCCCUGACUCAACCAACUCUUUGGCGGGUCAGUGAAAAACCGUAAUUAACCGUAAUUUACCAACACAUUCUUAGGGGUUGUGAGGA